AUGCCGGCAGCAGGUGGUGGAAUUGACCGCAAUGCCCUACAGAAAGUCCCCAAGGCUGCCUGCGGGCCGUACAUAUGGCUGGCAGCCAUCUGGGCGUCUUACUGUGGCGGUCUUCAUGGCUUCAACACCGCCAACAUCUCCGGCGCCAUGGGCCUAGAUCCGUUUGUUCGGGACUUUGGUUGGACAAAUCUGUCGGAGGAGCAAGUCUCAAACAACUCAGGCUGGGCAGUCUCGUCCAUGUUACUUGGCCAGACUGCCGGUGUUAUCUUGUCAGGUCCUCUCCUUGAACGUCGAGGCCGCAAGCCAGUUAUCCUUGCCAGUGCCAUCUUCUACACCAUCGGAGCUCUCCUGAUGUGUGCCAAUGUUGGUUCGUUUGCCGAGUUGCUCGUCGGCCGCGUGCUCUCAGGGCUGGGAUCUGGAUGUGGCAUGACUGCUGGUCCAGUUUACAUCUCUGAAGUAGCGCCACGAGAGCUGCGAGGAAUGAUGACAACCUUUUACAAUAUUAAUAUUAUGGGUGGCGUCGCCGGUAGUUACUGGAUAAACUACGCCUCGCUUCAAGUGAUCCCGUCUAGCUCCAGCUGGCAGUGGCGAACCACCCUGGUGCUUCAGCUGAUUCCUUCGAUUGCGAUUUUCGUCGGAUUCCUGUUCUUUCCAGAGAGUCCUCGGUAUUUGCUGAUGCGUGGUAGUGUCGACGCUGCUCGACACAGCUUGUGCAAGCUUCGUGGUGGCUUGGAUGAAAGUGAUCCAUACCUGGCCCAAGAAUACAGAGAGCUACAGAGCAUGGCAGAGACCGGGUCUGAGAGCAAGCGUGGCCUGGAUGCCCUCAAGUCGCUUUUUAAGGAGUGUACCCAAGACUCCACAGCUCGCCAUCUUCUCGUCUUCGUGGUGCUCAUCCAGACGUUCUUCAUCAUGUCUGGAGGAAACUCGAUUACCUACUACGCACCGACUAUCCUAUCAUCCAUGGGACUUGAUUCCAACCAAGUUCUCCUAUUCACCGCUGUUUAUGGAUUGAUCAAGGUUGUCUCUGUCAUUCUCUACGCAUUCUUCCUCACCGAUCGAUACGGCCGUCGACCGCUGCUACUGAUAGGCUCAGCUAUGAACGUCGCGUGUCUGGUAUAUCUUGCAGCCUUCCUCGGCACUGCGAACAUUUCCGACACAGGCUCGCCAUCAGCAGCAGCCUGGGUUGCCAUUGUGGCGAUCUGCCUGUUCGCCAUCGGUUACGGCUUUGGAUGGGCACCAGCAUUCUCCCUGACAGCAUCAGAAAUCUGCCCGACUCAUUUGCGAGGCCCCAUAGUGUCUAUUGCCUUCACGUACCAAAAUCUGCUGAACUUUGGGAUCUCGCGUGGGUUUCCAAACAUGACCCAGGAUAUGCAUGCAUGGGGUCCCUUUGCUCUAUUCGCGGCGUUCACCGGGUGCGCAACGGUCUGGGUAUAUUUCGCUUUCCCUGAAUGUAAGGGCAGGAGCAUGGAGAGCGUCGGCGAGAUCUUCACGCUGCCAUGGUAUCGCACAGGGUUCUCCAAAGUGGUGCCCCGGGAAACAUCGGAGGACUGCGACCUGGAGAAGAACGGAAUCGGCAGUGUGCACCAGGAGACCACCAAGAGCACUUAG